UUCACUAUCUGGUCCACCCCAGUCACCAUGACAGCGAACAGAGAAUCAGCUCGCAGGUAAACAACAGGUGAGUCAGACCGACCUUCGUACCCGGAACAUAAAAGACUAACACAAGCUGCGCCACUCUCAGACACAGCGAUGGAUCAGAGGAACAUCGAGAAGGAGUUGGAGGCCCAGUUCAACGAUGUGGUUUCCAGACUUCAGUCCAAGCAGCUGUUCCAGUCUGACUGGGAUAUCGCUUCUUUUGCAGUCUUCUUCAUCUUCAUCGGCAUGAUUCUGCUGCUGGUCCUCCUGGUUCUCAUCCGCUGCUGCUGCUGCUGCUGCUGUGACGAUCAGAAGCCCAGAGGACGGAAGGUUGGCAUAGAGAACAUGGCUCUGGAUCCCUGACAGCUGAGCUGCACUCAUCAAGUAUUGUGAAGACGACUGAUGAAGAUGUAGAGUCCGUAGUUUGAAUCCUGUGCCAAAGCUCAAUCAGUUUUUAAGUUUGAGUUUAAUAAAGUGUGAAUAAUAACGUCUUAACCAUGCCAUGAAAAUGUAUCACGCCUGAUCUUGUUGACUGUCACUGCUGUGUGGAGCUGAUUGCUAGGAUACAGCAGAGGGGCUGGAAACUUUCUGCUGUCUCUGUGUCUCUGUAGAUUUGAAGACUACUUCCUCUGACUUUGUCUGUUGGAAGGAUGGUCAUGUUUUAAUUUGAUGGUCUUAUUUAGCAAUAAAAAUGUAAAGGAGGAAAAAAGUCACCUUUGCUCAAUGUUCA